AAUCCUAAUAAAAAAAAAUGUGGUGUGGACUACUUUCCGUAAAUUGGUCCAUAUACCUACAGGUAUUUUUCCUGGUAGUGUUGGAUACUUUAAUUAAUAGGUACCUUAUUCACUUAAACGCGCAGCGCAGCGUGCUGCGAUAGGCUAACCUCCUUAUGGAACGGAUUUGCAUUUAUUCAACCCGUUUAUAUGUACGAGUAUAUCACUCGGGUAUUCACCGUGUCCAGCAAUUCUCUUCACAAACACUUGAUUUGGAAUUUAAAUUAAAUUAAAAUUGUAUUCGUAAAUAGGUAUGCUCUAACUCCAUCUCAAGAUUAAAGCUUAAGCGUGUAAAAGCGGGAUGUGCCUAAUUAUAAUUUACACAUGUAGAUUGAACAUGAAUUGUACUGUUUACGGCAGAAUGGAGUUGGAUCGGUUUAUAUAUCCAGUAUCAUUUUAAGACUCACAGGAAUAGCUAGUUUAUUGCGAGAUUAUUCGUAUUUAUCUUUUGUUUUAAUAUUGAGAUGAUGGAACUAAAAGUAGCAACAUGCUUUGCACUGUUUCUUUGCAUCUUUAAAACUGUCCACGCUGAACCAAAUUGCAGUAAUGGCUUCGGAGCAACCGGACCCAACGUCAUCUGUAUUGCGGGAGCUGAAGACUACGUGUUACGGAAAGGUCUAGUGUCGGAUAAUGACCUAACAACAGCCAUAGUACUAAAAGGUUGCCGAAUUACUAGUAUUGAAGAAGGCGCUCUCGGCGCUUUACCCGCUUUAGAAGAUAUCGACCUUUCUCAAAACUCGUUGCAGGCCCUGACCAGAAUGUUAGACAAAACACCUAAUUUGCUCAAACUUAAUCUAAGCAACAAUAGAAUAGAAAGCUUACAACUUAAUAUUUUCGACGCACUGACAAAAUUAAAGUCUCUGGAUUUAUCAAAUAAUGUGAUUUUGGGAAGAAAUAUACAAUCUAGAGUAUUCGAAGAGUUACACCACAUCGAGUUUCUAGAUUUAUCUGGAAACUUCAUGACAGGCACGCCAGAAAAUUUGCUUCAAGCAUUACAGAGUAUAAAAACUUUGAAAUUGUCGAGGUGCAAUCUGGACGAAGUGCCCAAAUUCGCCACGCACCCUAAUUUAAACUCUAUGACACGCCUGACUUUGUCGGCAAACCUAAUUACCGCGCUUCACAACAAAUUGUUUAUAAAUUCUGAAAAGCUUGAAUCUAUCGAAUUUGAUGAUAACCUCAUCGAAUUUAUACAAGAGGAUGUUUUUAAAUCUUUGAAAAACAUUAAAACUAUUUCACUUCAACAUAACAAAAUAAAGGAUCUCCCUGAAAGUCUUUUUAAAAGUUUACCUAAGCUGGGAAACAUAAAUUUAUCGCAUAAUCUCAUAGAAUAUAUCCCCGCUAAUGCUUUUCGACAUACCGGCCUAAAAAAUUUGAACCUGGCCGAUAAUAAAUUUACCUAUCUUCAAGACAACUUCUGUCUGGAGCUACGUAACUCUGGUGUCCGAUUGAAGAAAUUUUACUUCAACCAGAACCCUUGGCAAUGUGCCUGUUUAAAUGACAUUCUGAUUGAAGUCAAGAAGAUGGGUAUACACUAUAACGGAGCAAAAUAUAUUGGGCAGGAGCCGGUAUGCGUGACCACAAAGGAAUUUAAUUGUCAGAGGCAACCAAACUAUAAUGAAGAAUAUAAGGAUUUGUACAAUGACAUCAUUGGUUAAAUAAAGUCAUAUAUGUCCUG